UAGCCCCUGAUGUAAAUAAGGAUGGCGAGGCCAGCGCGUCUAACGUGCCGCGUUAUCUCUGCUUGACAUCGGAACAUUUCACGCCGUCGGGAUUUAUUUUUUUGGAAGAAAAACAAAACGCGCGGUGCUUUUCUUUUUAUUCCGUCUGAAUCUGCCUUGACAGCUCGCCCGAUGGUUUUCGUUUGACACAAGAGCCAAGAGCAGACGGGCGGCUUCUCCUCAUAAACACUCGGGAAAAACGGGUCAUUAUGACCUUAGUAUCCCCCAGUAAAAGAAAACCAUCGGAUUGCUUUUACGCGGCAGCAUUCUGCUUGCUUUCCUCGCUUUGGAUUCCGGGCGCCGUGUCCGGAGAGGAGGAUCACCACUUCAGCGUUGAGGGAUGGCUACAGAGGUAUGGCUACCUUCCCCGCACAGAACCGGGAAUGUCUGUCCUACGCUCGGCACAAACCUUGCACUCAGCCAUCGCUGCCAUGCAGCGUGUCUAUGGUCUCAAUGUCACAGGGACACUGGAUGAGAAAACCAAGGAUGAUAUCACGCUGAGUUGGAUGCAAAAGCCUCGCUGUGGAGUUCCGGACAAAAUCAAAAGUGCUUCGAGGUCGCGUUCGCGGCGGUAUGCACUGACAGGACAGAAGUGGCAGCGUACACACAUCACCUACAGCAUUAAAAAUGUCACGCCGAAGGUGGGCGCCCGGGAGACUCAUGAUGCUAUACGGCGGGCGUUUGACGUCUGGCAGGGUGUGACUCCCUUACGAUUUGAGGCCGUUCCAUACAGUGCCCUGGAGACUGGCAGGCGUGACGUGGACAUCACCAUCAUCUUCGCUUCGGGUUUUCACGGUGACAGCUCACCCUUCGACGGGGAGGGGGGAUUCCUCGCACACGCCUAUUUCCCCGGACCAGGCAUCGGAGGGGACACACACUUUGACUCAGACGAGCCCUGGACCCUGGGGAACCCCAACCAUGAUGGUAACGACCUGUUCUUGGUUGCGGUUCACGAGUUGGGCCACGCCCUUGGUCUGGAGCACUCCAACGACCCCACUGCUAUCAUGGCUCCUUUCUACCAGUACAUGGACACAGAGAACUUCAAACUACCUCACGAUGACCUGCAGGGCAUCCAGAAAAUCUAUGGUCCACCAGACAGAUCACCGCAGCCUACCAGGCCCCCACCCACGGUCCAGUCGCCUCGCUUCCACCCUCCCUCGGACCCCCGCAAGCAUGACCGCCACGCCAGACCCCACCGCCCUCCACAAGGGGCCAAGCCCUCCAACCCCAACUCCAAACCCAACAUCUGUGACGGAGGCUUCAACACCCUGGCCAUCCUGCGACAGGAGCUUUUUGUGUUCAAGGACCAAUGGUUCUGGAGGGUUCGGGAUAACUCGGUGGUCCCUGGUUACCCCAUGCAGAUCAACUACUUCUGGAAAGGCUUGCCUCCCAAAAUUGAUGCCGUCUAUGAAAACAGUGAAGGGAAAUUCGUAUUUUUUAAAGGAAACCGUUUCUGGGUCUUCAAGGACACAACUCUCCAGCCUUCGUACCCUCAGGACAUCUCGCUGUUCGGGAGCGGCAUGCCCACUCAGAGCAUCGAGACAGCUGUCUGGUGGGAGGAUGUCGCCAAAACCUACUUCUUCAAAGGAGACAGAUACUGGAGAUACAAUGAGGAUAUGAGGACCAUGGACCCAGGUUAUCCCAAACCCAUCACCAUCUGGAAGGGCAUCCCUGACUCUCCACAGGGGGCUUUUGUGGACAAGGCCAACGGCUACACCUACUUUUACAAGGGGAAGGAGUAUUGGAAGUUCAACAACCAGCUGCUUCGCGUGGAGCCCAGCUACCCAAGGUCCAUCCUGAGGGACUUCAUGGGCUGCGACGGCCUCCCCGCAGACCCCGACUGGGACUGGAGCCCCCCGGCGGCAGAAGAGCGCCACUACGACAGCGGCGACGUGGACGUUGUCAUCAAACUGGACAGCGUGGGGGGCACGGAGAAAGCAGUGGCCAUCGCCAUCCCCUGCGUCCUGGCGCUGUGCAUGAUGGUCCUCCUCUACACCGUUUUCCAGUUCAGGAGGAAGAGCACGCAGCGCCACAUACUGUACUGCAAGCGCUCCAUGCAGGAGUGGGUCUGAGGAUCUGACUGUUGCAUAGGGAAGGAUGUGAAGCUCUGUUAAAGGUCUAGUUAUUGCUCGAAGCCCUAAGUACUGUAAUUGGAGGCACUUUAAAGGGUGCAGUACGUGAGGAUUGCCAUGUUGGCAGAUUUUAAAAAUUGCUUUCACGGAAAAACGUGCAGGCUGUAAGGAGGCAAAACGAUCAGCAGAACUCAACUGAACACAGUGAGGGAGCCACUUCUCCUAUGUCCAGCUAAUAUGUAUGUAUCUGCUUUUUUCUGUAUCUUGGAAUGAACUCAAUUAAGUGAGACAGAGUUAAGCUCCUGUAAGUGGGACCUUUGUCUAUCCUCAUCUCUGCACGUCGCUUAAAAAGCCCCUAGCACUAACUUCAGUGGACAAAUUAGAUAUAGGCUUCUUCUUUACCAUUUCUUAAUUAAAAAGCCCUGAGCUCUGCUUUUUUUUUUUAAUUUAGGGUCCCUGUAAAAGAUGAUUUAUUGUGUGGAGGACUGAUACACAAACCAAAUAUGACCUUUUCUUCCAAAGAGGAUUACUGCUCGAUGUUGUUUUUUUGAUGGGAUAUUUUUCCUCCACGGAACGAGCAUUGUGGCAUCAUGCUCCGAUUUUCUUUUUUUGCCAUUUCUAUUCAUAUCCACCCGUCUGCUCUGUAAUCUGUGGGGAUGGGAAGCAGCCGUUAGUAAGAGGUGGGAACUCAAGACGGUUGUGGCGGUCUGUCUCCAAAACAGGGGCCAAAAACCUCUCUGCAAUAUUAAUGAGACUGCCUUAAUCACAGAUUGCUUAAACUCCCCUUCUCUUUCUCUCUCUGUUUCUCUGGUGACGGGGGACCGAGCGACGCAGCAGGAAUACAAACAAAAUAUGAAGGCGUUGAUCAGAUCCCAUAAUGCAACUUGACAACCAGUGGUUAAGGACAGUUUGAUCCACCAUUGCUCCAUUGCUUUUAAAAAAGCUGUGCUAAAUACUGCGUGGCGUUCACUGGAGGGUGUGAGAGAGACGGCGAAGGUUAGUUGUGUGCGCGUGUGAAAGGGAGAUUAAUUACCCACAUUAUAUAUGUACUGGACUCUGGUGUCAGUUAUUGAACAGCCAACAUCCUGCUUCCCUUGCUUUCCUGCCAGGUUUGGAUGCUUAUACUCCAAACAAGUCUCAGUCCGUGGGUCUUAAGCAACUUUACUGAUCCAUAUUUUGUUUAGUUUUCGAUUUUCGUACAAAGUUUUGUAAGUUUACAUGAUACUUGACAUCGCACAGGACAAAGUGAGGAGGAGGAGAAAAGGAGAGGAAAAAAACGAUAGGUGUCCAUUUUCCCCCCGUUUUUUAAAUAAUAGAAGAAAAUCCACUCUGCAUAUCUAGUUAACAGCAGCCAGUGCUUUUGCUCAGUUGCUCCAUCUUUUCACCAAGUUUUAUCAAAUAAUUCUACUUUUCGAGGAACUAUAAAGCAAAAUAAUUAUUGUAAAAAAAGACAAAAAGGAAAAAAAAGUCUAAACACUAAGAUGAAUUAAUCAGUAUUAAUAAAGAAAAUUAAUUAAACAACAUAAAACUGGUUUUGGUGGCAUGAUCAAUAAUUGGACCAGGGUAUUUUAUGCACUGUAAUGACAAUUAACCGCCAUACUAAAAAUACACAUACAUUAAUUAAUUACUAAUAAAUAUCUAUAGAACUACUCUAACAUUGCUGAUAUUUACAGACGUAUUGGAAAAACAAAACCAGCAAAAUCUUUUUUUGAUUUCGCACAUAUAUAUCAUGUAAUAUGACGUUACACAUAUAUAUCAUACAUACAGUAUAUGUUAACAAUUUAUCAGGUAAGUAUGAACGACAACAUGGUAGAUUUUAUAUCUGAGGUGAGAUGGAGCUAAACUGAGCAGAAGCUUUUUCUCUCCCCAUGUAUUCUGAUAAAUGCAGCGCACAGCCUGGAUCAUCAUGAAAUAUAUUGUGUCGUUAUUGCCUUUGGUUGCCUAGCAUACAUGUAAUGAGAGCCCCCCCCCCCCAGAUAACGUGUCUGUGAGAGUUCAUGACAUGAUUUGUUUUAUAUCUGUGCUCCAUGGUUCUUUUAAUUCUUUUACUUGAAAAUGGUCACCGGACAUCAGCGGCAGGAUAUCUGACGUAAGCUUCCGUUGAGAUUAAAGCAACACUAAGUAGCUUUUUACUGAGCAACAGCGCCCUCUGCAGCCACAUGUGUUAAAAUAUGUUGGGCUCCGUGUCUGAGUGAUUCAUUGAUUUUAAUGAAAACGAAAAACAAAGUAUGAGGUAAAACUCCAUAAACUGAAACACAAGUAAAUGGUGGACAAUAGCCAUGAUGCCUCGCUGAAUAUUGGAGAUAAAUGCUGUUUUUUAAUUCAUUCUAAGUCUUUUUUAACUGAUCUACAGCUCGGCAUUAUUCUUGAGAUUGCUGGGUCUGAUUCUGGCAAUUUAAGCUGCGGCUAUCAGUCACAAAUCUCACAAGAGAUCAUACCUGCCCAUUCAAGUAACCUAUUGGUGAAGGGGGUGGAACGUCACCAUGCAGCUAUUUUAAGGUAAAUCAAAAAAGUUACAUGGUGUUGCUUUAAGUCAAUGCCAUCGUAGAACAUAUCAGAGAGGAAAUCUGAGUCAGUGGUUUGAAGUUAUCAAUGUUGUUUUCUCUCAUCAUCAUUUAUUAGGGGAAGAUACCUAAAAAGUAAAAAAGGGCAAUGCAUGUCAUUGUAAACUAAGAUGUCACACUGACGGAUCAUCCGGACGCUAUUGUACUAGUCAGUCUUUCUCUUUGUGGUCAAAUAAAGUGACUGGUCAGCGUCGCAGGUUCCUGCCUGUCAUCUGUUACUGGCUUCCAGUCUGUUCUCCCCCCACUUUCGAUCUUCAGGCGAUUCUCAAAGGGAAGUAAACAUUUAAAAAGGAAGGUGCUGAAAUGCUGUGCAUUAAGGUGGAAACACAAAACCUUUGGCUCAGUGUCAUACGGACGUCUCAUAUGAGUUUGUGUGUUUGUGGUCCGGGGUCUGAUGGCUCCAUCGAGUGUGAGUUAAAGACGGCCAGUGAGGCGAGUCCGUACUGUAUUUAUUGCUGUAUUUAUUCAUCUGUGCUCAGCACUUCAGAUCUCAAGAAACCGCCAAUAAAGUUUGUUUGAAAUGCAAUGAUUUUUUUUCCCCUCACUGCUACAGAGUAAUCCUCCUCCUUCUGUUACUGCCUCAACAAACAAUUCACCUGGUGUGAAUGUUUAUUUCCAUCACUGAGAGGUAAAACACAUUUACAUUGGUCCUUUUGAUACUUAAAUCCACCUCCGGCAUUUUAAAUGUGGACUUAGGUGUAAGCGUGAAGUCUCAAGGCUCCGACCCCGUCCUCCGUUCAUCGCCAGACUCUUCAGUGCUUUCUGUGUUUGCCUUGACUCAUGCUGCUAAGCAGUAGGGCUAACCUGGAGUGUCGUUAAAGGAAGUAGAUUGGGCUGAAUAGACCGAGGUCGAUACACCAGAGAGGCAAGGGUGCAGAAGAAUGAGCGAUUUUGCAGAUGAGCUCUUAUACACGGACUCGUGGUGCGUGCACUCCGAGGCAUAGUGUCUGAGAAAUGAACAUGAGAUGUACAUAAACACAGAGUGUAUACUGUCUGCUUGGGAGAGUUUUGUUUUUAAUCCAUCAUGAUCCAUGGAUAAAGAAAAUGCUGUGUGUUGUAAAUAAAACAAGUGCAU